AUGUCCGAGCGACCACUCUACGGCAUGCCCAUGGCGGUGCUAGCCAGCAACAACCCAUACGUUCUCGGUCAACCCAAUUUGUUCGGCGAUGCGCCGACAAAGUUCACUUUUGUUUCUGAUAAUCCAGAGUUCACCAAGUGCUGGUACGAGGGCCUACGUGCAGCAGUUCUCCGUAGCACUGAGACACACCUCCCUAAGGGUAAAACCACCUGGAUUCUCCACGUCGUGCGUCUCGGAUUUGCCAGCCCAAGCGCAGACAAGGAGAAAUGUCCUAUCGUGCUCCAGCUCAUCGUUUAUCUUAAAAUUGACGAUAUCAACGAGUUUCCUGAUAGCUUAGCAAGCGAUUUGGUUGAUGACCUGGGCAAGCUGAUUAUGAUGUACUGGGAUGGCGAAGAAAAGGUCUAUGUUGAUGUCUGCGGCCGCUACGUAUUUCCGGGUAGUAGUGUUGGGAAGGUGUGUAGUGCUUCUGGUCCAGCUGAACGAUGCGUCGACCAAUCUAUGAACUAUGCCCGCCUCUACCAUGACGGCAACGGACGCCUUCCUCUUCCGGGCUCUUCAAUCGGCAUUGAUGGAUUCGUGGGAACAUUGACCGGAUAUGUCAAGCAUCGGUUGCCCUCCGGCAAAUCUGAGCUCUUUGCUCUGACUUGCCGCCAUGUCGGUGAUCAGAAAGGCAAUAUUGGUGAGGGGGGACUUGCAAAGGGCCAGACAAUCACAGUGUCCUCUCCCCAACCUGGCGACCAUAUGGAAACGAAGCAUGCAAUUGCAAUGAGGGUCCAACGACUUAAUCAAGAGACCAAGGAUCUGGAGACGAAGAAAAAGCCGUCAACAACCUUUGGCUCGAUCGUAAAUAAAAUCGUUUCCGUCAUUGCUCCUUCAAACUAUGUAGAGCUGUUUUGGUUGGGAGCUCAGAGGGCUGCCGAGAAGUACAAGAUCGAGCUUGGUCCUGUAUAUGCUGCAUCUAGUACAAAGACUAUUGCUCCUGACUGGCUUCUAGUCUCAAUUGAUCCAGCCCGGGCAAUCAGGCUCAAAUUUCUCAACCAGCAUUUCCACAGUACCGAAUUCGACCACGGCUCCGGCUUCAAAGACCCAUCCGCACGAAGUUGCUUCUCCACCGAAAAUCUCAUCAGGGUGGAUUGGCACUGGGAAGAAAUUUUUCCUACCCACCGAACUCUUCAUCAGGGGCCGCUUCUAGCCUCCGACAUAGUCUUCAAGCAACCCUCUCGGACAACGCAGAAAUGGGUCGCUAGCAAGGUAAACGAUAUCGAAUCGAUCUUGAAACCGACCAAUGAGAGUGAUAGGACUAUCAGCCAGGUCUGUCUCGUGGCUUUGGACCUCAAGAGUUCACAUAGGUUGGCGGGAACGAAGCAAGGAGAUGCUGGCGCUAUGAUUUUUGACGGAGGAUUUCAUCCUGUAGCAAUGAUUUCCGGGAGUGGAUUGAAGAUGGAUGCGAACUCGAGUAUUACAAAUGUGAACUACUUGUCAGAGGUUUAUGAGGACAUUGAGGAGGUGUUGGGCUGGAAGAGGGGAAGCGUACGCUGGUGCUAA